AUGCCAGCCGAUGGAUUUAAGACAUUUGACGAUUUCUACCCGUUCUAUCUUGGUGAACAUUCGCUAGCAGUAACAAGGAGAUUUCAUGUCAUUGGCACAACUACCAUGAUGGGCAUCAUCGCAUACGCUGUAACUUCGCAAAAACCUCGAUUACUUCCUCUCGCCAUCUUGCAAGCUUACACAUGGUCGUGGUUCUCGCACUUUGUAUUUGAGGGAAACAAACCAGCAACAUGGACGUACCCAAUAUGGAGUGCGAUGGGCGAUUUCAAGAUGUUUUACGAAGUAAUCUCUGGCCAACGCUCAGUCUAA